AAACUCCACUCACAGCGAAAGCUGCUCACACUGCUCAUGUAUCCACUCAUGGAGAGACUUUCCGUCCUCAUCGUUUGAGACACCUAUCAGAGAAUCCCAAGGCUCACGACUUCAUGAUUUUCACCACACAAAACAUGCCAUAAAACCUGCUUAGGGCUCAUCUGACAAAAGUUGGCAGGCUGUCCUGGGACAGAACAGAUUAAAGGGGAUAGUACAUGGAUAUUUCUCAGUCGCUGGUCAAUCUCGGCUGUGAGAGCAUAACAUUGACCUCUACUUAAGCUGUUAAUCGUGGAGAAACAAAAAGAAAAGCGAGCAAGUGGGCAUGCCACCCAAGAAAAAGGGUUCGGCGGACCGUCAGGACUCAGGGGCCACUGAGGAGAAGGAGAAGAAUGCCCAAGUCCAGCUGGACAAGGCCAAGUUUAAGCCUGUUGCUUUCGCCGUGCGCACAAACUUCACCUACACUCCUGCAGAUGAUGACAACGUCCCUAUACCAGGCCAUGGGGUUUCUUUUGAAGCUAAAGACUUCCUGCAUAUUAAAGAGAAAUUUAAUAAUGACUGGUGGAUUGGACGGCCUGUAAAGGAAGGGGGAGAGGUUGGUUUUAUCCCCAGCCCGGUGAACCUGGAGACAAUUCUGAUCAGAAGAGAGGUGCAGGCCAGGAAGGCUGCCAAAGCACUGGCCAAUAAAGCGGCUAGUGUUGCCAAAGAUGAUAUGAAUGCAAAGAAAGCAGCUCCACCACCAACAGUUCAGCAAGUGAAGAAGAAAUCGGGAGAGCAGCUGGCUGCAUAUGAUGUUGUGCCUUCCAUGCGUCCCGUGGUACUCAUGGGGCCUUCGCUCAAGGGCUAUGAGGUUACAGACAUGAUGCAAAAAGCUCUCUUUGAUUUUUUAAAACACAGAUUUGAAGGAAGAAUUACAAUCACCCGGGUGACAGCAGAUAUUGCACUUGCCAAGCGAUCGAUCCUCAACAACCCCAGCAAGCACGCCAUAAUGGACCGCUCCAACACCCGUUCCAGUUUAGAUGCCGUGGCUCAAAUCCAAGGAGAGGUUGAGAGGAUUUUUGAGUUAGCACGCAGUCUACAGCUUGUGGUUCUUGAUGCCGACACCAUUAACCACCCUCUCCAACUAAGCAAGACCUCCUUGGCCCCGAUCCUGGUGUAUGUCAAGAUUUCAUCACCCAAGGUUCUGACAAGACUGAUAAAGACCAGGGGCAAAUCUCAGACUAAACAUUUGAAUGUUCAGAUGGUGGCCGCCGACAAACUGGCCCAGUGUCCUAAUGAGCUGUUCGAUGUCAUCUUAGAUGAGAACCAGCUGACAGAUGCCUGUGAACACAUUGCUGAUUAUCUGGAGGCCUACUGGAGAGCCACACACCCUCCUGAAAUGGAGCCUUCCAACCCCAUGCUGGAGAAACUGGCAGAAAACACACUCCCCACCAGCCCCACACCUGCUAAGGAUGAACAGAAAAGCAAGAAGUCGGUUGCUACCAAGAGAAAAGGAUCUCAAGAGCACCAACAGGAGCAUCUUCCCCAGGCUCAUGAGACGAGAGAGGAGGAGGAGGAGGAGGAGGAAGAAGAGGAGGUGCAGGAGGAGGCCGAGGAGGAGGAGAGACUUCUUCGUAGUGAGCCAAAGAGACAUAGCAAUCGUCAUCACCACCAUCAUCAUCAUCACCACCAUCGCUCCAGCACCAGCCGACCGACAGAGCCCCACAACAAACACCAGCAGCAAGUGCACCACCAACGGCCCGCUGACAUGGAGCUGCUUCCUGCUAAAGACAUUUCAUAUACAGAGUCC